UCUCUCUGUCUCUGUCUCUCUCUCUCUCUCUAGCGUCCGUCUCCCUCUCCGGUGCCUAUUCUGGUGCUCUCGGCUGCUGCUGCUGUGGCCGCGACCUUCUUCUUUGUCCUCUCUCUCUCUCUCUCUCUCUCUCUCUCUGUCUCUCUCUCCUCCUCCUCCUCCUCCUCCUCCUCCUUGUUCUUGCCCCUCUCACGCGGCCUUAACCACCGCCGGAGCCGUCGUGUCUGGAGGAGAAAUGAUCUCGCUGACAGCAGAGGAUGUAAGAUGGGUGAACGAUUAGAUCGAGUCCAAAACAUAAUAUGCACGACAAUGUCCUCCAUAAGGGCAUUAACCUUCGCUCUCGCGCUCAACAGCUCCCAGAUCUUAUUCACCUGAACAAUUGAACAAGAUAUUUGAGCUGUGUGGAUCUCCACAUGAGAUUAUUUGGCCUGGGGUUUCCAAGAUUCCUUGGUAUAACAAGUUCAAGCCAACAAGGCCGAUGACGAGGCGAGUGAGGGAGGUUUUUAGACAUUUUGACCGUCAUGCACUGGAUUUACUAGAGAAAAUGCUAACCCUUGAUCCAUCUCAGUUGAGGAUCAUGAUGGUUUCAUCUCUGUGUCUUCAGAGAAUAUCUGCAAAGGAUGCCCUUGAUGCUGAAUAUUUUUGGACUGACCCCUUACCUUGCGAUCCUAGAAGUUUGCCUAAAUAUGAAUCAUUGCACGAGUUCCAGACAAAGAAAAAAAGGCAACAGCAACGGCAAAACGAAUAGAUGGCAAAGAGACAGAAAUUGCAGCACCCACAACCUGCUCGUCUGAUUGCUUGCUUUUGCUUAAUGAUAAAGAAGGGAAUGCUGGAUUUGUAGUUUUUGAGUUUGUGGAUUAUGCUUUGCAUCCUUGUCCAGCUGUGUGGCUCAGGAACACUAGUUUUCUUAUGAGAGCAACAUCUGGUGAAUGAAAGUGGUUCAGAUUUGGACACUAAGGAUGUUGCAACCACUGUUUUCUUAGGUAGCUAUCAUUUUAAUCUUUUGACAAAUGACUUUACAGUGUAGGCCAAUCUACAGAAGUUCACUUGGAUUUGGGAUAAGGUUAAUUGAGAUCUGGGGUGGAAUCUCACCCACAACUUGAUUAUAAAUGUUCUGAGUUUGUCUCAUUGUGUUGAUUUAUGGAUUGACAGAAAAAAAAAUUUGUGGAUAAUUUGUUCUGUAUACAAAUUAUAUUUAUUUAGAUAUUGUUUGGAAUAAAUCCCACACAAGCUAUGGAACUGUCAUC